CAAAAACUUCAGACGAACAAUACAGCUGUACAGAACUAUCAGCAUUAUCUCUGAUAACACAGUUUGAAAUGACGUUCUUACUUAUUAAUUAUCAUAACUGGACUCUGUGUGCCCAUUCUGAAACUUUUAAGUUUGUUAUGUGCACACAGUGUACGCUUAUUCUUUCAACCCCCUACUCAGCGAUUCACUCCAAUGAUCGAUAAAAGACCCAUGAGAGCGCCUGAAUUUUAUUCAGCAACAGAUGAAAGCUUUAUUUGUCCACAAAUGGCCAAGCAGAUGAACAUUUAGUAGCUGCUUAACAUCACAGAACUGUGGAAUCAGCAGCACGUCGGUCCAGUAAAUUAUUGGACAGAAUGCGUGAGAGGAAGUGAGUUGAUCCUACAGAGAUAUGAGAUGCAUAGUGAAGUUGGGUCAUAUCUGAUUCAUUCACGGGGGAAAUCUCAUAUACUUUUCACUCUUGGUGGACCUCUGUGGUGGACUUUGCUUUGUGUGUUUAUUUUAUGAGGCGGGUCUGGUUAUAGGUAACUAAACCGAGCCACCAGCAUGCUGUUAUAGUACAAAGAGAGAAAACGUGCAUGCUUUUACAGUUACGGUUUUUAAGUCGAUGUUUUAAAUAGGCAGUAAGCUUUAUUUCAUUCUGGCGUUUGACACCAUAGAAAUGCAAUAUGUAUAGUCUGCACCUCAGAAUAGAUCAUCAUGCUGUUUACAAGCAAGAGCGUCCUGCAAAAUACAGGAAAAAACGUGAUACAACCCCUCAGCGUGAUUUUGUGUGAGUAUUUAUACAGACAAUCCCUAUUGUUGACAGUUUUGCAUGGUUGACCAGUAGUUGAAGGGCUAUGGUGUUUUGAGCGGUUGUGUACAGAAGCUAACCCUUGUAGUCUCAGGAGACUCACAUUAAUUCACCAUGUCAAAAUCUGCAACCAUUUUACCCUUACCUUGGUAUCAGGAAAGCAUAUCUCGUGAGCGUUUAGACAUGACCCAGCAUGGAGGUAUUUAAGCCACACCUUUUUGUGGUACUACCUUCUUACCUGUCCUGUCAGCAGAAGUUAGACAUGUUUUGUAAACUAGUUCGUGAAAAAUGUGAGAUCAAGUAUUGGCCGUUUGACGCCUCAGGAUAUCAACUGCUUCAAAACUUUUAAUUCAAGAAACUAGGGGGAGCAAAUGAAGAGGAAACGACUCCAUGAGCACGUUUAAAUGAGACCUCAGAUCCGACAAUUGUGGCUCCAGACAGCAGUGGCCCUCCAGGAGUGCCUGCGCCUUUAAAUCCUCGCCUCUCUCCCAUCACUCGAACGGUGCAGGACCCGCGUGCUCGGCCGCCGGCUACCGCAAGGCAGAGGAUGAGAUGAGCGGAACCACAUCACAGGCGGACCCGAUAGAUUCCACAGCGCGGACUGUGCUCCUCAACCGACCCCAGACCACCAAAUAUUGUGACAACCAUGUCAGCACGGCUAAAUACGGGAUCCUCACGUUCCUGCCGCGCUUCCUGUACGAACAGAUCAGACGAGCAGCUAAUGCUUUCUUCCUCUUCAUCGCUCUCAUGCAGCAAAUCCCUGACGUCUCGCCGACGGGUCGCUACACAACACUGGUACCGCUCAUCUUCAUUCUGACUGUGGCUGGGAUCAAAGAGAUCAUUGAGGAUUAUAAAAGACACAAAGCAGACAACACGGUGAACAAGAAAAAGACAACAGUUCUGCGUAACGGAGCAUGGCAGACCAUCAUAUGGAAGCAGGUGGCAGUGGGAGACAUAGUCAAGGUGACCAAUGGCCAGCAUCUCCCGGCUGACAUGGUCAUAGUGUCCUCCAGUGAGCCUCAGGCCAUGUGUUACACUGAAACAUCGAACUUGGAUGGAGAGACCAACCUAAAGAUCCGACAGGGUCUUUCUCUCACAGCCAGUGUUCAGUCUUUGGAGGAGCUGAUGGCUUUGUCUGGUCGUCUGGAAUGUGAGGGACCAAAUAGACACUUGUAUGACUUCACUGGAACACUUCGCCUUGACAACCACAACCCAGUUCCACUUGGGCCGGACCAGGUGUUGUUACGAGGUGCCCAGCUCAGGAACACACAAUGGGUUGUGGGAAUUGUAGUGUACACUGGACAUGAUUCCAAACUAAUGCAAAAUUCCACUAAAGCACCUCUGAAACGCUCAAAUGUUGAGCGGGUGACAAAUAUGCAGAUUUUAGUGUUGUUCUGCAUUCUUCUGGUCAUGGCUCUGGUCAGCUCCAUUGGGGCCGCCAUAUGGAACAAACAACAUACGGAUGAGGCUUGUUGGUACCUUUCCCGUGCAGGUGACAUCUCCUUGAACUUCUGGUACAAUCUGCUGACUUUCAUCAUCCUCUAUAACAACCUGAUUCCCAUAAGUCUACUGGUCACACUGGAAGUGGUCAAAUUCACUCAGGCUCUCUUUAUCAACUGGGACGUUGAGAUGUAUUACUCUGAGACAGACACGCCCGCCAUGGCACGAACGUCCAAUCUGAAUGAAGAGCUCGGCCAAGUCAAAUAUCUAUUUUCUGACAAGACGGGAACUCUCACCUGCAACAUCAUGAACUUUAAGAAGUGCACGAUAGCUGGGAUCACAUACGGGCAUUUCCCAGAUCUGGAGUGUGAUCGAUCCAUGGAGGACUUCAGUCACCUUCCCUCUACAAGUCACAACUCUACCGAGUUUGAUGAUCCUGCACUUAUCCAGAACAUCGAGAGGAACCACCCCACCUCACCUCAGAUUUGUGAGUUUUUGACCACGUUGGCGGUUUGUCAUACGGUUGUUCCUGAGAGAGAAGGAAACCAAAUUAUCUACCAGGCUUCCUCACCAGAUGAAGGAGCUCUGGUGAAAGGUGCCAAAGGUCUGGGCUUUGUUUUUACUGCAAGAACACCUGAUUCAGUGAUCAUAGAUGCGAGAGGAAAAGAGCAGUCUUAUGAACUGCUUAAUGUACUAGAAUUUUCUAGCAAUCGCAAAAGGAUGUCAGUGAUCGUGAGAACACCAACAGGCAAACUGCGGCUGUAUUGCAAGGGAGCAGAUAAUGUAAUCUUCGAGCGUCUGAAUGAGGCGUCGCAGUAUAAGGACCUAACCGUAGUCCACCUGGAGCAGUUUGCUACGGAAGGGUUGCGGACUCUCUGUUUUGCGUAUGUGGACCUGGAGGAGGCAGCGUACCAGGAAUGGCUGAAGGAGUAUAAUAGUGUUAGCACGGUGAUAAAGGACAGAGCUCAGAAACUGGAGGACUGCUAUGAACUCAUAGAAAAGAACCUGCUGUUGCUGGGGGCCACUGCUAUAGAAGACCGUCUGCAAGCAGGAGUUCCAGAAACCAUAGCAACACUCAUGAGAGCCGACAUCAAGAUCUGGGUCUUGACCGGAGACAAGCAGGAGACUGCUAUUAACAUUGGUUACUCCUGUAGGCUGAUCUCACAUGGCAUGUCGCUCAUCAUCGUCAACGAAGAUUCCCUGGAUGCAACCAGGGCCACACUAACAGCUCACUGUUCCUCGCUGGGUGACUCUCUGAGGAAGGAGAACGAGUUGGCACUCAUCAUAGACGGACAGACGCUCAAAUACGCCCUCUCUUUUGAAGUUCGUCAGGCCUUUCUCGACCUCGCUCUGUCAUGCAAAGCCGUCAUCUGCUGCAGGGUGUCUCCACUACAAAAGUCAGAGAUAGUGGACAUGGUGAAGAAGCACGUGAAGGCCAUCACGCUGGCUAUAGGAGAUGGAGCCAACGAUGUGGGCAUGAUUCAGACGGCACAUGUUGGCGUGGGCAUCAGUGGGAACGAGGGCAUGCAAGCUACCAACUCAUCGGACUACUCUAUAGCUCAGUUUUCCUACCUGGAGAAGCUGUUAUUGGUUCACGGGGCCUGGAGUUACAACCGUGUUACCAAAUGUAUCCUGUACUGUUUCUACAAGAACGUGGUUCUGUACAUCAUAGAGCUUUGGUUUGCAUUUGUAAAUGGUUUCUCCGGACAGAUCCUGUUUGAGCGGUGGUGCAUUGGACUGUACAAUGUGAUCUUUACGGCAUUGCCACCUUUCACACUGGGAAUAUUUGACCGGCCGUGCAGUCAACAGAACAUGCUGCGAUUCCCUCAGCUCUACCGUAUCACACAAAACGCAGAGGGUUUUAACACAAAGGUCUUCUGGGGUCACUGUAUAAAUGCACUCAUUCACUCCAUUAUUCUCUUUUGGUUUCCACUCAAAGUUUUGGAGCACGACACUCCUUUUGACAACGGCAACAGUGUCGACUACCUGUUUGUGGGGAACAUUGUCUACACGUAUGUAGUGGUAACUGUAUGUCUAAAAGCCGGCAUGGAGACCACAGCUUGGACAAGGUUUUCUCAUCUGGCUGUAUGGGGCAGCAUGGUGCUCUGGAUGCUGUUUUUCACCGUUUAUUCCGCUAUCUGGCCAACCAUCCCUAUAGCACCAGAUAUGCUGGGCCAGGCUGCUAGAGUGAUGCAGUGCUGGAGCUUCUGGCUGGGCCUGAUACUGGUGCCAACAGCAUGUUUGCUCAAGGAUGUAGUGUGGAACGCAGGACGACGCACAGUGAAGAAGACUCUCCUGGAGGAAGUGCAGGAACUGGAGGCUCGAGCCGUGGACCCAGGAGCAGCCGUCCUCAGAGACGCCAGUGGCCGCAGUCUGAACGAGCGUGCCCACCUGCUCACACGGGUCUUCAGGAAAACGCCCUCCAGCGUGGGACGCUCGAACUCUGUGCAGCAGACCGUGUCACAUGGAUAUGCGUUCUCACAGGAGGAGCAUGGCGUGGUGUCUCAGUCCCAGGUCGUGCGCUCCUACGACACCACCCGUCAACGACCCAGUCUGUAGCUGUCACUGCAGCAGCAGCUGGUAGAGACUUCAGGAUCACAUCUGUGCUGGGUGAUCCUGCUGUGGCCUUUUUGGAUCUUUCAAAUGAACUAAACUGAACUGGGCACAGCUACACAGCGCAUUGGCUCCCAUAAAGAGGCUGGACUUUUUGGAAGGGAACGGAUUGACGGAAAUGGAGGGUUGGGGGUGGGCGGGAUCUUCUGACAACGAAAUGGCCAGUCAAAAUGCACUACACAUGAACAGACAGGCAACAGAAGCCAAGUAGCAUUCAGAUAUGGAACGUCGGAGACGAUAGUGUUUCUCUGCCUGUAUCAUUAACACGAGUCACAAGACGGCUUCAUAAUCGCCCUGUGGAUUCUCCUUUGUCUGCAUUUGGUUAUUUAUUGUGCGGGUGCGUGUCUGCAUCCGCACGUUUGUCUAUGCGAGCGUAUAUAUGCACCGAGAAGGACCUCAAUUCGAUUGCGUAUGGCUUGUCUUUUGCACUUGUUUCUAUGUGUGCUUGGAUGAUUUAUGGAGAGACCUCUUUGUCUUACAUGUGUGAUGUUCAGGACCGCUGUUUUGCUUCUCUGUUGUGCGUAUGUGUGCCUGCAUGUGUUUGUGGGAGGCUGGUUAUGUGAGUCUUAACGUCGGUGUCUCCAGAGAUCGGAGAUGGCGUCAUCACCACCAUGUUGCAGAGGAGGGGAGGCCACUCUAAAUAAACAUUAAAUUCCCACACACAGCGACACUUCGGAGGGAUUCCUAUAGCAGACGUGAAAUGGGGGAGAUGUGUGUACUUUUGCUUUAGAUUCAUCUCUCCAUCAACAGACCUGCUAGAUACACACUCGCGUAUAAACACACACAUGCAUCUUGCCCCCAAACCAAAAAACGCUGCCAAAACACACGUUGAUUCCUCUGAGGAACCCCUACGGCCUCUCCCGCUCUGCAGUAUGGAGCUCCGCGGCGUACCACACGCACACUAACACACCUUCUCGUUCUCCUGCUCUCUUCCACUAAUAUUCUACUUAAUAGCAGUCUCUGUACAGGAGUCUGUAUCUUAGAGCUCACGUUCUCUCCCUCCAUCUACCUCUUUCUCUUUCAUUCCCUCUCUCCAGAUCAACAAGCUCCAUGUCUCCUUGUUGUCUUGGUCUAGUUAACCUUUACAUUUCCCUCUCUGUUUCACUCAGUGGCUGCAGCUUUGCUUUGUCCGCUUUCACUCAACCUGUUGGGUUUCUGGACUGUUUCGUCAAAAUAAACUGGACUUGUGACUCUG